AUGACAGGCGAGAUAGAAAAUGGAGACUUGGCAGUUCGAGACGUUGCAGACCUUCUCCAAGCACAAUAUGCUAUUAUUGCUGGAGGAAAAACGCGAGAGGGAUGUCCUAUAAUCACAUUUCCGGACAAUGGCAAUUUUCAUAAUUUGACUGAUUUGGACUAUCAGCGUCUCAUGUUGUAUCUUACUUCUGUGCCAACGUUGCAGGAGGCUGAUCUUGGGUUUCAUUUGAUAAUUGACCGGAGAAACGACAAGUGGAAUUCAGUGAAAACGGUGCUUCUAAAAAUUUCUGCAUUUUUCCCCGGCUUGGUACACGUCGCGUAUGUGCUACGACCAGUCGGAUUUUUACAAAAGGCCAUUUCGGAAGUGUCGAAUAAAUUAUUUCGGGAGGAUUUCAAAUUCAGGGUCAUAUUCUUAGCCAACAUCACCGAGCUGCACGAAUUCAUAGACACGGAACAGCUCACCGAGCAACUCGGCGGUGAUUUGCCGUAUUGCCAUCACACGUGGAUACAGAACAGAAUUAGUUUGGAAAAGUUUUCAUCGAUGACGCAGGACGUGUCCCUCGCGUUAGACUCUUUCACGCGACGUUUGGCCGAGGUGGAAUUUCCUAACAAUACUAUCGCCACGACAACGCUAUUGUCGCAGCAACAAGCUGAAUAUAACGAGUUAAAGGAAGAGAUACUUAGCGCUGCCAGACACGGAGAAGCUCUUUUGGAUAGCGUACGGCAGCUAACUGGAAAAGGAACGGCCGACAGAUUAGGAAAUGUUGCUGCAGUAGAGAGAUUACUCGUUCAGUUGGAGGAAACCGAGCGAACCUUCGACUUGUUUUGGUCGCAUCAUAGCUCACGUUUGAGGCACUGUCUGGCUUUGCGGCAAUUUGAACAAGAUUUCCGAGAGUUGCAAGCGACGUUAGAUCAGCAUCUAAAGACGGCGGAAGAAAUGACGGAAGUCGGCGAGACGCAAGCGAGAGUGGAGCAAUUGUUGCACGACACAUCGGCAUUUCAGCGAAUAUGCAGAGGAGACAUAGAUCGCGCGGAGGAGGUGAUAUCCGCUGGUCAACAGCUAUUGUCCGGCAGGCAUCAGUGCCCGGCGGACGUAGUGGAGCCCAAAUGCGUGGAGUUGCAGAGAGUCUGCACCAUUCUCAGUCAGAGACUGGAGAGGCGACUGCACAUGCUGACCAAGUGCAGGGAACUUAUGGAGCGUAUAGAUAAGGCUAACGCAUGGUGUACGCGAGGGAUAGAAUUGUUAGCGUCGCAGAACAGCACCACGCUACCGGAUCAGGCGCUCCAAGAGCUGCAGCAGUUGAUCGAAGCCGCGGAGGAAUUCCACCAUCCCCGAUGUAUCUUCCAGGAUUCCGUGAUGCCGGAAACUAAAGCGCUCAUCACGCAGGUUCUGCAAAGGAUAGAAGAUGUGUCCUUGAUGUGCGACAAGAGGAUAAUGGCACUAAAACAGCAGUUGAUCAAACCAGCCAGACCAGUACAAACCGUUACUCCAGAACCAGUCAAACCCUUACAAUCACUGCCUCAAAUCGUAAAGUCUGGCAGAAUUCUCAAGAAAGCUAAUACCAUGCCAAAGAUGGAGAUGAGUCCUAUAGAGGGAGAGUCUUCGUCGCCGGAGAGCGAACCACGGGACGUCGAAGCUUUGCGCUUAAAGCGCGGUCACGUCUUGGCGGAACUCGUGGAAACCGAGCGAAUCUACGUCGCCGAACUUGGCUCGAUCGUUAAAGGCUACAAGAUGGAAAUGACGAACGAGGCGAUGGCUCAUCUGAUACCCGCGGCACUAGUUGGCAAAGCGGACGUGUUGUUUGGAAAUUUAGAGGAUAUUUGUAUUUUUCAUGGGGAGACAUUUCUAAGGGACUUGGAGAAUUGCAUUUCGAACACUGAGCUCGUCGCUUUGUGCUUUGUUCAAAGGCGCGAGAUGUUCUUUAGAUUGUACAGUUAUUAUUGUCAAAACAUUCCGCGGUCUGAGAGAUUGCGCGAACAGAUACAGAGCGAGCCGCAGUUUCUCGCAGCCUGCCAGCAGAAGCUUGGCCACAAACUGCCGCUCGCCGCAUACCUUCUCAAGCCCGUUCAGCGAAUUACCAAGUAUCAGUUGUUGUUAAAGGAUUUGUUAAAGUAUAGCGACGAACCUUCGUGCUGCACCGAGUUGCAGGAGGCACUGGAUUGCAUGCUGGUUGUGUUAAAAUGCGUUAAUGACAGCAUGCAUCAAACUGCGAUAACGGGUUUUGGAGGCGAUCUGAGUGCACAAGGUGAAUUAUUGUUACAAGGCUCGUUUAGUGUUUGGAGCAGCAGCAAGCGGGAGCGAUUAUUGCGACUAAAACCAUCUCAACGACAUAUUUUCUUAUACGAGAAGGCACUGAUAUUUUGUAAGCACAGCAAGCCUCAGGCCCACGACAAAGCCACGUAUCAUUUUAAGAGAUAUUUGAAGAUGUCGCAGAUUGGUUUGACGGAAUCGGUGAAAGGUGAUGCUAAGCGAUUCGAGAUAUGGUUGCAGGGUAGAGCUGAGGUGCACACGAUACAAGCGCCGAGCAUCGACGUGAAGCAAUCCUGGGUACGUCAGAUUAAAGGUGUUCUGAUGUCCCAGCUAGCCGAACUUAAAGGCAAACAGAAUUCGGCUCUUGGAAAAUCCAAUCACAAGCCGUUGCGGCAAACUAUUUCGUGGGAAGCUCAAGGCAGUAUAUCGGGCUCUCUGCGAACGUUAUCCAUCGACAGCAACAGCGUUAUCUCUCACAUGACCGAUGUGUCGCAGUCCACGGAGGAGGAUGUGGCGUGGAGUUCGGAAAACAGCAAUACGGACGAGGAAGACGCCUUUGGUGACAAUCCGGGACCGGCACCCGGCGGACGAUACGUGGCGUUGGCCGAUUACUGCGCGGUGGGACAGUCGGAAGUCACGAUGCGCGAGGGUGAUACCUUGGAGCUUCUCAAAGUCGGCUGUGCCGGCUGGUGGUUCGUCAAACUGAUCGGCAGCGGCGUGGAGGGCUGGGCGCCCGCGGCAUACCUUGAACCGAUCAGUCGAAAAACGUCACGCAGCUCGCAGUCGGUGAACAGCCAAGAGACCAUAUGAAACAGGCGACUAACACACUAGAGAACGCGCUAGUGUGUUAGAUCUUUGCUCGUCUCCGCAGAUCGCCGCAGUCGCGUUGAGGGCCAUUCCACCGUUCGGAACGGUAAUCUCAAGGAUUUUUCUAAGUGGCGGACAAUUUUUUGGAAAUCUUUUAUAGCAUUUUAAACGAGACGAUGAGUUGCGUCAUUUUGCGUACCUUUCUUAUGCAACACACGGCGUAUACAAGGUUUGUUGAGUGACGCCUUUGCGUUUGCGAUACGAGGAACGUUAAGUUGAACAGGAUUUUUACGUUCACGGGGAUUUUAUACUAUAAAUAAUGCUUAACUGAUCGCACUGCGGUCGAUCGAACAAGAGUUGUCACAGUUGCAUCCAGAUUGGGCGAACUUGUUCGCGAGCACGAAACGGCGUUUACUGAAUUGUACAAAAUGUAGCGUUGAAUUAAGCCGGGGUAUAUACGUGCACGCGCACAAUGGAUUACGAGACAGUCUCGUAUAUCGAUCACUACAAUUUCUAUAAUAACGUUGCACAUGCUAUGAAGAAGGAGACACGAUACCGAUGUUAAAUCGCGCGCGUCCUCGCGUUCGGUUACUUGUAACUCGUUAUAAGGAGAAUCUGCAUGAAGAAGUAUGUAAGUAUGUAUUCUGUAAAUGGUAGUUUCUACUUGCGACCCGAGUAAUCAAAUAUCGGCUGUACGCGAUUAUUCCAAAGUUUAAUAUUGUUGUAAGAGAGACAGAGAGAAAUGAACGCGUGACACUUUUGUCCAUAGCGUUUUGUCGACGACGUCGCGUAAACUUCCUUUUGCCGAUAAAUGAUCUUACCUUUGCUCGGUGUAUUUUGCGAUGUCGCGAGUAAUUUAGACGUCGAUCGUCGAACAAACGUUGCCGUUGUCGAUCGCGUCAGUUGUGUAUCAUCAUGUGUUGGCUUAGAGUUCUUAGAACCCUAGUUGCAUCGUUCACAACCGAAUAGUACAAUUUAGCGCGGUCUUGCGAGCUUCGAGAGUAUCCUAAGUGUUUCGUUUUUCCGAGGUCGCUUCCGGAGAUUGAAAUAAUAGAAUAUUCGCAAAGAUAGAUCCUCCAAGCCUUCGAAGAAGGGGAGAAAAAAAUGUGUGAUAAAAGAAAUCGAAUUAGAACGAUGCUUCUGCAUGCUAAUUACUGUAAACACAUGCAGAGAACUGGAGAAUGUUUAAUUAAUAUUACGCCAUUCUUAGGACGUUAGAUAUAUUGUUGACGAGUCGUUGCGACCAAAUAGGCUUGAGACGUUACUAUGACUAUAUGUGAACCAUCCGUUUCGGGGGGAGUAACGCGGUAAUAGGUGGUGGGACGGAGGGGGUCCGAAAGAAUCAUAUACACAACGUGUACACAAAUUUUCUAGGAGGCUAAACGGUUAACACCAAGUAACACGCAAUAUCUGAUACCGAUAAAAUCUUAACGCAUAAUAUACUUUUAGGACUUAUACAAUAAGCAAUCUAAGUUCUAGCGGAUUUCAUAACCCACCAAUUUCAUAAGUCUCUAUUACGAUAUGACGAUGUAUAAUAGUAUCAUUUGUACUGAAACGUUUGUACGGAUACGGAUAACAUAAUUUAAGGGCGAUCACCCCGAUCGCUAUGAUUUUCUCUCCGACGUCGCAUGCGUUUGAAUUGUGUCCGCUCCUAUGAUACGCAAAAAAAAAAGGACACGAUUUUGUCGCAGCUUUUAUUCAUAUAGCCUACAUGAGUCUCUGCUUUUAGUAUUUAUAACCAGAGUAUUAUUAAUUAUUUGUGUACAGAGUUACUGAUAUUUAUUAGAUAUUUAUCAGAUAUAUUUAUUGCGUAGAGAUUAUUAUUUAUAUCGCGAUAAGUUACGGCGAUCAGUGGUUUAUACUGGCUGCUUCAGACUGAUUUACAAACGAUGUAACCGUAAACGCGCUGAAAGCUAUUGUAUAAUUUAUGCAAUUUUGCGAUUGCGUAAACUCUUCGAUCACAAGUUAUACGGGAAUUCGUUUCUUCGUCGGGACACUGCGUUUACGAAACCUUUGCACCUCCGAUCGUACAAGCACGGUAUUCCUUUUGCGUCACGUCUGUUACUUUCCACGUCUCCUCGCAUCUAGAUUUGUAGCUACAUCUACGUGUAUUCAUCCAUUUGUACGCCGUCCUUAUAUAUUGACCAUAAAAUUCCAAUCAAACGAGUGACGUUAGUUUUAAAACGAUGCGUUUCCUCGAUCCGCGGCCGCUUUGCGUUGCGAUAUCGAAGGUAACGAACGUGCGGUCCGAUUUCGUUUUGCAGGAGCGAUUCUAUGUAAAGAUAUAGGAGAAGACACCGGUGGCAGUUCAUCUCGAACAAAACAAAGAAAAGCAGCAGUUAAUAACGCCGCUCACGUCGUUAUCGUCCGCGAACGUCUCCGCAAAUUGUCACCUCGCCGGAAGUCCGUUCGUGGGCUUGGCGAUUCCUCAUCUGUGUAAAAUCGCGGUUAAAAAGCGACCAAGCCCAAGGGUAAUAUCUAGACAUGCAAGACGCGUUUUUUGUAGAAUCUAUAAAUAUAUACACGUAUAUACAUACAUAUACACAAUACAUAUAUACAUAUGCAUAGACAAUAAUUAUAUACCCGCUGUUGGAGGAGUACAUGACGGUGCGUUCGCAGCCGCAAUAACGAUAAUUUCAUUGAUAAACGACCGAAGAAGCGAUACUUCCCUCGGCGACCACCCGGGGCAAAUAGAAGCAGGUUUCUGCGAGUGAAUCUCUCGCCGUGGACGGAAUUGUGUGGCGACAUUGAUAAAUAAAAAUCGCGUAUGCGUGUGCAGUCUUUCGGGAAGAGGAAAGAAGAAGAAGAAGAGGAGGAGGAGGAAGAAACGCGGAGGAGUUCGACGUUUCGACCGCGGUUUCCUUUAACGGACGGUUCCUCUCGUCGUUCCUCGUCGGCGCAAAGGGAGGGUGAUAGUAAAGUCUAUUUUUGCAUAUAACACGUAACAAAGAGGCUGCCGAAAUCUCUUCUAUUUGCAUUACGUAUGUGUUCGCGCGAUCAUUUCUUCGCCGAUUGUAAUUAACGGCCGCUGCGCGCGCUUUUCUCUUCUUCUGGAUCCGAGGAGCUGUCGGUUUACACUCGGCAAAUUCGAUCUUUGAGCUUUUCGUUUUUUUUUUUUAAAUCUGCAUGCGAUUGUAAAUCGUGGGUGGUUUUUAAUUUUAAUUCUCGCGGGAUUAAAAAUCCCGAGGAUAAUUUCUCGGCUCUCGGAAGCGAUAUUUUUAUACAGGAUGUAAAAAAAAUCGCUCGAGCUUAAAUGAAAUUGAUCAACGCUCGGAAUCAAUUAUCUAUAUUUAUAUCGAAUUCUGCGUUACGUGAAAAGCGCAAACGCGAAUUCGUUCGAUCGGAUGAGCUUUUCGUGUUUACGAAACGGACAGGCAUAAAAUGCCGAUUACCGAGCAGUGAGAAACUUUUUUUAAUUGUCGCCCGUCUUCGUCUCCGUAUCGUCUUUGAAGAAGGGAACGGAACGCCGCGAUUUCUAUGCGUUCGAGUGUGUCACAGGAGUUUAUUGUUUCAACUCGUCCCGAGAAAACUUUGCGUGCAAUCUGUUGUCAAAAAACCUGUAUGAGUAUCUGCAAUACUAAAACGGGAACAUUAAACGCAAGAAUUCGAAACGGAA